CUAUAUGGUAUUUUUCAACUGUCAUCAAUGGUCAUACUAAAUUCUCGAAUAAAGCAAAGCCACUAAGCAAUAAUUACUUACUAACUAGUUGUCUUUGUUGCGCGUAAACACGGAUUUCCCCGGAACAAAACAAAUUAGCGGAAAUCGUGCAGUUCAGUUUUUCACGGACUUGAAAAGAAACCAGUUUCGAAGUGCUUGUGACUCAUCAGUUUUUCGCAGGCUCAGGGAUACAAUUUCACCAUGGACGCCACCGCAAACAAUGGAGAAUCCGCCGAUCAGGUGGGCAUAAGGAGGGAGGAUAAUCCCCUCGAUCAGGCGGAUGCCCUGGGCUCCGUCGGAGGAUCGGGCAGCAGCGCCUCCGCAUCCGCGCAUCCUUAUGGCACCGGAGCCAUCGGUCAGCUGGCCAACGGGUACAGCUCACCCUCGUCGAGCUACCGCAAGAAUGUGGCCAAAAUGGUCACCGAUCGCCAUGCAGCCGAGUACAAUAUGCGGCACAAGAACCGCGGAAUGGCCCUGAUCUUCAAUCACGAGCACUUCGAGGUGCCCACCCUGAAAUCCCGGGCGGGAACCAAUGUGGACUGCGAGAAUCUCACCCGGGUGCUCAAGCAGCUGGACUUCGAGGUGACCGUCUACAAGGACUGCCGCUACAAGGACAUCUUGAGGACAAUCGAGUAUGCAGCCUCUCAGAAUCACGGGGACAGCGAUUGCAUCCUGGUGGCCAUUCUGUCGCACGGCGAAAUGGGCUACAUCUACGCCAAGGACACGCAGUACAAGCUGGAGAACAUCUGGAGCUUCUUCACGGCCAACCACUGUCCUUCGCUGGCGGGCAAACCCAAGUUGUUCUUCAUUCAGGCCUGCCAGGGCGAUCGGUUGGAUGGUGGAGUUACCAUGCAGCGCGGCCAGACGGAAACGGAUGGCGACUCCUCGAUGAGCUACAAGAUACCCGUGCAUGCCGACUUCCUGAUUGCCUACUCCACGGUGCCGGGCUUCUAUUCGUGGCGCAACACCACACGCGGCAGCUGGUUCAUGCAGAGCCUGUGCGCCGAACUGGCUGCGAAUGGCAAGCGCCUGGACAUCCUGACCCUUCUGACCUUCGUCUGCCAGCGAGUGGCCGUCGACUUUGAGUCCUGCACCCCGGACACGCCGGAGAUGCAUCAGCAGAAGCAGAUACCCUGCAUCACCACCAUGCUGACGCGCAUUCUGCGCUUCAGCGACAAGCAGCUGGCGCCAGCCGGACGGGUUUGAUGGCUAAUCGGGUGGAUUGGGCGCUGGCUACGGCGCGGAGUGUGAUAAACCAAGUCGCAAUUAAGAUAAAACUUUAUUGGGCCCUAGCUGCAUAUUUUUCUACAAAACACUUUUUUACAAAAGCUGGACGAGAUCGGUUCCACUGCCAAUGUUUCCUUUAUUUAAGCACAGAGUAUCUUUCAAUUGGCAUCUAUUAUUGUCGCAUUUGCCCCGUUUGUAUUUACAUUAGGGUGGUUACGCUA